GGCCUCGCCCGGCCCUGAGUGGCCUUCGGGGAUGACGUGCGAGGCCGCCUCGGCCUAUGGCUGCGGAGCCGGCCGGCUGCUUGGCGGAAGUGGUGUGGGGGAGGUAGCCCGCAGUGCAGGGGCAGCGCGGCGCGGGGCCACUGACGGGACGCGGCUCCGGGAACAUGGCCCGCUUCGCUCUGACUGUUGUCCGGCAUGGAGAAACAAGAUUUAACAAGGAGAAAAUAAUCCAAGGACAAGGAGUAGAUGAACCUCUUUCAGAAACUGGAUUUAAACAAGCAGCAGCUGCUGGUAUAUUUCUGAAUAAUGUGAAGUUUACUCAUGCUUUCUCCAGUGAUCUCAUGAGGACAAAGCAGACCAUGCAUGGAAUUUUGGAGAGAAGCAAAUUUUGCAAAGAUAUGACAGUAAAGUAUGAUUCAAGACUUCGGGAAAGGAAAUACGGGGUUGUAGAAGGCAAAGCGCUAAGUGAGAUGAGGGCCAUGGCCAAAGCAGCCAGGGAAGAGUGCCCUGUGUUUACACCGCCCGGAGGAGAGACGCUGGACCAGGUGAAAAUGCGUGGAAUAGACUUUUUUGAAUUUCUUUGUCAACUAAUCCUGAAAGAAGCGGAUCAAAAAGAACAGUUUUCCCAAGGAUCUCCAAGCAACUGUCUGGAAACUUCUUUGGCGGAGAUAUUUCCUUUAGGAAAAAAUCACAGCUCUAAAGUUAAUUCAGACGGUGGUGUUCCAGGAUUAGCAGCCAGUGUGUUAGUUGUGAGUCACGGUGCUUACAUGAGAAGUCUGUUUGAUUAUUUUCUGACUGACCUUAAGUGUUCCUUACCAGCCACUCUGAGCAGAUCUGAACAUAAUAUGUCAGUCACUCCCAAUACAGGGAUGAGUCUCUUUAUCAUAAACUUUGAGGAAGGAAGAGAAGUUAAACCAACGGUUCAGUGUAUUUGUAUGAACCUACAGGAUCAUCUAAAUGGACUGACUGAAACUCGCUAAGGUUAAAUCUGCAUCAAUAUCUAACCAUUUUGAGCCUCUGAAGGGAGUGCCAUUAGCUUUAUUUACUUCUCUACUCUGCUAGUUCUGAUUUGGAAACAGUUAAAAGCCAAUUUUUAGCUCAAGUGGAAUCAUAGCCACAUAAAACUUUAAUGGACAACCAUAUAGAAUUAACUUAUUUUGUCUAAGUAUAGUUGGCAUUUUCCAGAAUAAUUUUACCACCCUGCUACGUGUCAUCUCUGGAUUGCCCGUGGAUGAUGAAGGAACUCAGCAUUGAAAGCUGGGGGAUUAGUAACCUUGUUAACAACGGUUUCUUUUUCAUUUAAGCCUAUUUUAAUGGCUAUUGGUAAGAUACUGUAUGUUUUUAGUAUCUCAUCCAGUGCUUAGAAGAAAGAAUGGUUUAUAAUUCCCAAUACAUGUUUAUAUUGACUAUGUGUUAUAUUUUUUAAAUCCUUUAAAUAAAAAAUCCUUUUAUAAGUUUAUGUAAAGCAAAAUAACACUAACAUGUUUUACAUAUGAA